AAGAAACAAAGGCUGCAAGCGCGUCGAAAAUGUAAUGGUGUUCGUGUCGUUUUAUUCGUUUGUUUUGGGAAAGCAGGUCUCGGUUUAUCGUCAGAUUACUGUACGCAUGCAUCGGUCGCUUUUCUUUUUUGUUUCGCAAAGAAAGCAAGUCGCAAACUAGAAGUUGUCGCCGCGCGACUGAAAAUAGUGUGAGAGGUAUUGAAAUCGUAUGGGAAUUUUUUUCAUUCUUUCGUGCACACCUCUUUGACCCCUUCGUUUUUUUCCCAAGGAGUUCCGUAUCGACGCUUCAAAAAAAGUGGUGCAUACUUAUAAAUUUUUGUCUUCCACCCUCUACUGCAUUCCGAAACAGGCUAGUUCAACAAACAAGUUUUUGCAUUUCACCCUCUCCCUGAUAGAAAAACUCCGAAUUUAGGUCUUUGUUUUCCGACCACGCGAAGGAUCGAAGUUAUAAGAACAUAAUUUGACGUCAACAAUUUUGUCAGUAUAGAUAAUUCGUUUUAUCGCUGUGUGACGUUUUGAAGAAAAAAGAAACACACAGAAAGAAGUAGUGUGUAAGAGAGAACAUUAGAAGGAAUUGUAGUCUGAAUUGUCGAAGAAUUGUAAGGAUAGUGCUGAACUUUCUGGUCAAACAACAACAUUGAUAUAUAAGUAACAGUGUUAUAUUUGUGAACUUAUUUUUGCAGACCACUAUUAUUUCUUGGUCAACUACUAGAAUUGCCUACAAAAACCCAAAAAAAAAUAUCCAUCACGUUGAGUUUGCGACCACACGUUGAUUUUUUGGUCACGACACGGGAGAACCAACACGAAGCUAGGCUGCAGUCAACCAUACGACGCAACUACGCGUUACCACCACUGGAAGAAGAAUUUGAUCACAUCAUUUUUUGCAGAACGAAAAAACGAAAAAUCAAUCUCAACAUCGCAGAGUCACAUACGACAACCAAAACAAGUCUUUCGAAGAUGAAGGGCAGUUUGAGUUUAGGGGCCGCGCCACCUUCGUCCAAGACCAAUGUGCACAUGACGACCACCUCCUUCUCCUCGUUUGGCCAUUCCAGGAGUACUGUCACGACGCCUAGUGCGCUUCAUCAACAUCAUCAUGGCUUUGCGAAGAAGAUUCCGAAAAUUGAACAAACUCUGGCCCAUCGCGAGUCUGCAGAUUACAACAUCCAGUUGGAUGCGGCCAUGCGAUUGAAUACACCUGAAUCUUUGUCUUUCGCAUGGAAGUUGGUUCAUUGGAUGCUCACCGCGAAGGAUAAGGCAGGCACGAAUAAGGGCGUAGAGGAUGCACCUACGUCUUCGGAUGAUGAGAAAUUAUACGGCGUUCAUCUUUCUGGUGAGAACAGUGUUGUGUUUGACGCCAAACCUGCCGAAGCUGGGGGUGCAGAUCAACAACAACAAGGUGGCGAAGAUGUUGCUGGCACAGGAAACAUCAAGAACGAUCCCCCCACAACCAGCAAACCACUUCUUCCAGAUGCUUUGAUCAUUUCCCUUCUCGUGAAGAAAACGGCUCUGUGUGGUUGGGUCGAUUUGCUUUACGAUGCUACCACGGUCUUGCGCAAUUGCUACUUGACGCUGAAGCCUAAGCCUGCGGAUUUGGAUGAAGUCGUCUUGAAUUCCGUUUUAGAUGCCUAUUCGCGCUUGUCACAACGCGUCCUUGCAUCUGGCGGCGACAAUUCGUUAAGGGUUUCCGACUUACAUCCCUCACCACGACCAUCCUUGGCUCUUUUCCUAGUAGACAAGAAGCCAGGAAUUACGUGCUGAGGAAUGUAGAAAUUCCGGAACCUCUAAAUUCCUCCAUGCUCGCUCACAUGCACAUGCUGUUCGAGGACAUGAAGCGUGGGAUCAAGUACCCCAAUCUACGUCCUGGCGCAGUGACCUAUGGAAUUAUGAUCAAGGCGUGUGGAGAAAAUGGCGAAAUCGAUCGCGUGUUGGAGUUGUGGAAGGAGAUGGAGACCAGGAAUCUGAAACCGUCCAUUGUGACGUUUGGAUGUGUAUUGGAUGCCUUAACCAAGUGCGGAUCGGAGUCUUACAUGCAGAUUGCCGCAUCAAUUUGGGAAGCCAUCCCAGAUAAAGACAAAAACUGCGUUGUUUACAGUACUUCUGCUCAGUUUUUGAUGACUUAUACACUUUUCUUGACAAUGAAUUGGAAGUGCGAAGACGAAGAGCAUAAUCUCUUCACCGAAGGAUCCCACCUCAGGAUGCAUUUUUUGGCUUCUAUCAAUUUGAAUAGUUUCACUUCUUAUAACGGAAGACCAACCUCAACCACCGCAUCUACUUCACUCUCCAACAAAAAACCAGGUACUAUGAUGAAGGGCUACGCGAAGCUUGGAAAUUUGGACCGGUGCGAUCAGCUGUAUCGAGCGAUGACGAAACAACACAAUGUUGCACCAAACAUCGUGGUCAUGAACACUUUGCUCUCGGUCGCAUGUGCUAAGCGCAACCUGCCUUUGGCUGAAAAAUACUUCACCGCGAUGAGGGGAUAUGGUAUUGAGUUUUUUAUCGUCGUUUUUAUUCAUAUACUUCACCGCAAUGAGGGGAUAUGAUAUUGAGUUUUCUUAUCGUUGUUUUCCACGUUCCGAGUUUCUUUUCUCUUCAAGAAGAUGUAAUACAUGAGAAAGAAGAAAAAAUCGUCAUGGUGGUCAUUCUGUCUCAUCAGUAUCGAAGACCAUCUAGUAUCUUCUUUUUAAUGGUGUGAACAUUUUCUGUCAAUUUUGUGUCUGUCACUCACCUCCUCACGCUCCUUUUUCCCAGGUUUCUACCCCGACUUCAAUUCUUACGGCACCCUUCUUCGCGGUUACCUCGCUCUCAAUACCGAGCAAAAGGAAGAACAAGGCCCUCUGCAAUUGGAGAAAAGGGACAUCAAACGAAUUUUCUCCAUUUUUCGCGAUGGUGUCCAAUUUGCGCAUCUUUCUAUGGGCUCCGACGUCGCGAGCUUGCUCCAGAUGAUCCAACUAGGCAUGCAGCAUCGUUUAUUUGAGGAAGUCGCGUACACUUUGCGAGUUUGGCAGAAGGGCACGUGCACGAAACCGAUUCCUAGAUUGGCCGCGCAAAUGGUCUAUGGCGAAAUCUGUUCUAUUGUUGGAACACAAGAAGGAGCAGGAGCUCUCUUUCCUUCUUCUAGUGCAGCUGCCAGUCGUGUUUGUUCAGGUGCAUCUUCGCCUGUGUUCGGUGCGGUAGAUGGAGACCCGCAGAAGUUUUUACCGAGAUCCUUUUCUCUCGAAGAAACUGGAGACGUGACGCCGCAAGUCAACGCAGCAAACGAAAAGACGAAGAUGCGGGAUCUUUUGCGGAAGGAACUAGGAAUCCUAGCGGAGGACAUGCUGAAGGAGGUGGAGCGCACUGCUUUGAGGCCUAACGCAGCAGCGUGGGACCGAUUGAUUCAAGAAUGGAAGUACACGAAACCUUCUUUUUCCACGACUGCUGUUACAACAGGAGCAGUUCCUUCCUCUACAACACUAGUAUACCCUACUUCUUCGUCUACUGCUACAACAGGAGUAGUUCCAGUUCCUGCUUCCAACAUUGUUCCACUGUCCGAAGGUCCUUCGCCAGCUUGCUCGCUUGUAGUAGCCAGCAGCGCUGGAAAUACUGCAGUGUCGACUCCCGUUGCGGGAAUCCUAGCGAAAGGUGGAACAACUGGAGGUCUUCUUCGAACAACGUCUAAGGCCAAUAGUAAGGGUUUGCUUGGUAAGCUGGGUUCUUUUGGCGGUUUUUCCGGAACCGGAGUCGGCACUAUCGGUUCAUUACGCUUCGGCACAGCGAUCGGCCUGUCUAGCAUAGAUAGUGGCACUCGCGACGCUCCUCCAACGUUCGCGUUCGACAGUUAUGCGAAUACGCCAAUGCAUAAGGGCUCUGGUGGUGGUGGAUUUUCUUAUGGACAUGGAGGUGGAGGUGGCGGCCCAUCUCCUGCUGAGAGCUAUCACGGCACGCCCUUUAGCGCUAAAGCCGGCAGCAGCAAGCCUAGUUUUGCUAAGGGUGGAAAGCCAGUGUUUUCGGCAAAUGGUAUGGGCAGUUGGGAUGCUGGGAGUUGGUCCGCUUCUUCUGGUACAAGCCAGAACAUGCUAGGCGGACCCGCUUAUAUGCACAUGCUGGCAGGCAAAAAGGCGGCGGCUAAGGGUACUAUGCGCGUGAUGACACCGGGUGCGGCCAAUAGUAGUUCCGCAUUACCGGUCUUGAGCAAAGAGGAAGCUGUUUUGUUAAUGACGUGUCAUCCUCUCAAUGACUCUUGCACGAGUGCGGCGAGUCCCAGUGACGGGGAUCCGAAAAACACUAGUUCUUGUGUUUCGAGCAACGUAGUAGUCUCAUCGCGCACCCAGACCUACGGCACGACGUCGGUGUCGGAUGUUGAAGGAGGACGAGGGGUUAUACAUCAGGUUGGUUUAGGUGGGAAUAAAGGUGCAACCAACAACCGUCGUGCCAAUUACAUGGUGAAUUUGAACAAGCUCAGCGGCCCACCAGCUUCCUCGUCUGCCUCUUCGUCUUCUGCUACCGGAACUGGAAUGGGAGUCGACGAUGCCGAGACCCAGGAUGUCUCGUCCAACACGUUGUAUCUUUCCUAUCAAGCCGAAUUUCCACCUCUGGGGGCGACCUUGUCUGUACCCCGUUCGAGUUCGACAGGAGGACAGCAAGAACAGGGCAGUCGUAAGGACUCGUCGUCCUUGUCUAUCCGUGCUGGGGAAGUGAUCCUACGCGAAGCACUGAUGCAGUAUUCGGCUGAGAACGGCUUCUUGCCUGCUGCUGAGGAACUAGAUGAUUAUGGUGAAGUCGAGGGUGUGUUGUUCGAAGAAAGCGCUCUCAACCUGGACAGGGUGUUGCUGAAAGAAGGACGUCAUUCCCGUCUGCUUUGCGACCAGAAUGUUGCUCGUGGAAAGCAUCAUCCUCUUCGUGAUGCACGUGUUGGAAAUGCUGUUGCAGACGCAGACCACGUUGUAGACGAAGAAGAAGAAGAAGAUGUUGACGGUUCCUCUACUGGUGGUCGUGACGCUUCUGGUCGUGAGACAAGUAGUAUGAUGAUCAAAGAAAAGAUGCAACACAAGAAGGAAAGCAUCAAUUUCAUCAAUAGUAGUUCGGACGAGCAAUUUUCAUCCUCGAAGUCACUCGCCGCUCUGGAUGUGCCGGAACAAGAGCAAUUAGACGCCUGCAAGGAUCUAGAGGGUGUCCAUGACGCUGCAGAACUGCAGGCCAAACUUCGCAGUGCUGAAUCUACAUCAUCUUUGGUGAGACAACUGUCUUGUUGUAGUCAACAACAAGUAGAUCAUCAGCAACACGAAGCAGAACCUAGCACGAGUAAAGGAGAUUCCGCGUUGACGGGUUGUCAUGCAGAAGGAGGAGACUUCUUCGAUCCUAAAGAAAUGGCUUCGCCCACAGAGGAAACUACCGCUAUGGGCAGCGCUGUCGGCAGCACGAUCCCCGAGAAAGACACCUUCUCCGUCGAUCGCUGUGUUUUGCCGUCUCCUUUGGGGCAAGUGCCAAACUUGCGGAGUUGGUACGGUGGUGAGCGCGCGAAGAAGCACGUCAAACGCCCGCUGCCAACGCCACUGCAACUAGAAUUCUCAGGCACAAAGAACGCAACGCACAAAAUUGACACCUCGUUUAUGCUGACGUCGCCACCGGACGUCGAAAUAAUGGACGUGGAAAUAGAUGAGGUGACGGAAACCUCUAAAGUGGAGGAGACUUCUAGACCAGAUGAAGAGGCCAAGAAGCUGGAAGUAGACACGGGAGCAGAAGAGGUCGGAACUACAACAAGAGCAGAAGACGCUGGACUAGUACAACAAGACGACGGACUAGUGCUGGAACAAGACGAAGCCAAGAUGAAGGGCGAAAGUGAAACACCUGAGACAUUUUGGCAGAAGAUAACGCAAAUGACGCUAGUGGAGCAGGCAAAUGAAUUGGGAGAAGACACUGCUAUUGGUCAUCUUGAUGUUCCCCCGCCAGCUCUUCCGAUGUGUCUCUCUCCUCCACGGCCAAUGCGGAACAAGAAAAACAUCGCGGACAGUCUGAGAAGCUCGCCUGCGCCACUAAGUGAACGUUCUUCGGGUUUGCGUGCUGAGGCGGUGCCCUUUGUGCCUCACAAUACGCCUUUGCGUCCUAGUAAUGCAGUAGUUGGUGGAACUACAACUACAGUGCGAAAUAACACUUCGCCUCCUCCCCCACCGCCUCCAAUGGUACCGGAUGUGGGCAUGCUGUUGUCGGCCGCUCGCCAACAGCUGAUGAUGAACACGUUGACGCACAAUCCUCAUUCCGCGUUUACCUUUGCCGAUGGGCUCCAGAGUACUCCACCAUUAGCGCACUUUCUGGGUGCAGCUCCUGGUGGUCCUUCUGAUCAACAACAAGCAGGAGGGUUGUAUAACAUGAAUAUGAUGAGCGGUAGCUCUCAAUAUCUCCAUCCACCCGGAGGAAAAGGAAGUGGUUCUGCUGGUAAUAUGAUGCAGCCGUUUCAUCAGCCUACUCCUUCUGGUAAUAUGUUGAUGCAAGGACAACAUCAACAUGCAGGAGGACCUUCUGUUUCGAACUCAAAUUAUUUUCAGCACCAGAAUCACAUCAACCAGCAGCAGCAGCAGCAUUUACAGCGUACACCAGGUGGGUCAAGCAUCCCGCCGCCUCCGCCGCCGGCAAGUGGCAGUACCAAUGGUUCGCGCGGACAGCGAGGCAGUGCGAAAGACUCCCCACUAUUGCCCCCGCCACCUCCCCCACUCCACGUGUCUCCGAAUCUUGUUGUUGGGCCAGGAGGGCCAGGCAUGAUGAUGAACGACCAUGGAGGUAAUCCAAUGCAACAACUCAUGUUACGGGCACCGUCAACCCAUCUUUCGCAGCAUCUUUUAGCCAAUUUGUUCUACUUGUGAAAAGGGCUAAAAGAUGUGGCCCUAAAAGAUGGGCUCUCGGUGCCUCUAAUCAUAAGAGAAGGGCCUGCUACUGGAGGACUGAUGCCUGGAGGAGGACACGAUGCUCCGCAUUUGCCACCUCUUAGUGGAAUACUAACCGAUCCUCAGAAUCUGACUGCUUAUCCGCCACCGCCACAGUUCGGGCACCAUCCAGAUCCCAUGAUGACCGAUCCAGCAGAUCAUGUCUUAAUAGAGCCUUCUCAUCAGUACUUCCAACAAGGCCCAGCACCUCCUAGUACAACAUCGAGCCAUUUUCAACAUCAUGGAGUACAUCAGCCUACCCCUCACUACCAUCAUGCUGGUAAUCAGCCUACACCUCACCACCAUGGUAAUGUCUAUCCUCAUCACGAUACUUGUGGGACUGCUCACCACCACCACCUAGUACAUCUGCAGCAUCCACGGACUGGCAUGCACGCGGCGCCACCGGCACCUCCGCUCGAAGACGACGGCACUGGGUUUGCGUUGCACGACCAGAUGCCACCUAGAAUUUCGCCACCUGUGAGUGAUGAGAUUAAGGCUACAAGAAAUUCACUUUCACAGGCAUCUUCUUGGUCCCGUUUUUAAAGGCAAAAGAGGGCCCAAGAUGCUGCUGAAAGUGGCUUUCUUUUAGUUCUAACGAGAGCGCACUUUGGUGGGAUCCAGAGCUAGGUCAGGAGUUUCAGAAAGUGGGGACACAUUUCUUCCAAAGUUCAGAGGAGGCCUUGGUCCGAUCGCCCUGCAGCCGGGACCGUAGCGACAGGCUCAACUUCAGCUUCGCAGUGAGCAGGAAGCCUCUUGUUAUGUGAGCAUUGUGGUUCUUAAUUUGACUCUUGUUAGAACAAGACCUUCUAGUAAAUUACUUAAAAUCUUCUAUUUUAUGUAGGUAAGCUUCAGCCUUUCCAAGUAAGCUAGCGCAGCUUUCACUCUUGUACCAGAAGUAGAAUCAUCAGGAUGUACAAAUAUAAAUAUCCUACUACAACAAGGUGAUGUUAAUGAGAUUUUGUUGUUGUCACUGCUGCAAUUCGCCAUUCAUUGAUGUAUGAAUAUCUUACUAUAAGGUGAUGUUAAUGAGAUUCUGUUGGAUCGAUUCAAUUUCUCUAAUCUUGAAAUCAUGGAUCCGUCUUCUCUUCCGAUCCACGGCGUAGACCAUGUCGAUCAGGAGGCUGGACAUAACGAGAUCGCAGAGGCAGUAAUGGCUACGUGGAAGGCCAGGAACAUUAAGGCUUCCGGGAGUUCAUCUUCAGAUUUUGAAACAGAAGCAUCUCGGGUCUUCACCCUUCUAUGGGAGAAACAGACCCAAGAUGAACUUCAAGAUGGGUCCCGGGAAGAUCUAAGAACAAAACGUAUCUCGAACGCUAUGCUCAGCAACCGGACGUGCAAAGACUGGUGAGACAGGUCCCGGACGCGCUAGAAUUGCUGUUGUCCAGACCUAGUAGUGUACGACACGCGGGGAAAGAGUUGAAUGUGUCACCUCAACUUCCAAAUGUGCAGAUCGGGGAAAUCAUGAAUAACUACGACUAUUCACCUGUAUCGCAAGAGGGGAGUCGUGAGCGAGCACCUGAUGCUGGAGAUGGAGACACCAACAUGAAUGAACAACAACUUGGUGGAACCACAACAACAACAACGAGAGCGAAAAACUCCUCUUCUUCCGCGACGUUCAAACGUGAAGACAAAGUAAUUGCUUGUUCUUCUUUUUCCGCUAGUAUGGAAGCCGAAAUUCAAGAACGGGCUUCCGCAUUUGAGGCGAUCGAAAGCGGCCUAUUGUGGGAGCAGAGUUACAUGAAAGCGUGGUCUCCUCGCUUUCUCGCUAGACAACAUUAUGCAUUCUCGUCUCAGGAAGUAAUAAAACAGAAAAUCUUCUCUCUAAAAAUAACCAUAAAUUAAGGGUUAACCAAUUACAUUCCCCACAACCAUUCCUCACUCUUUUUCCAGUAGGAAAGAGGUGAGGGAUGUUCUGAAGAAUGUAAUGCUGCAACCUUUAAAUAAAUAAGACUGACAAGGAUCGAUAAUGUACAUAAAAAGACAAGGAUGUUUUCCCUUCCGGGAAUCAUUGCAUUCUGCAUUCUUUCUGAAAAUAAUCAUCUUCAAGUAGAAUGUAGAGGAUCUUUACAAGGAAUAGGAAGUAAAAUUUGGAAAAUAUAUUUUCAAGUACUUAAAACUUGCUAACAUCAACGCAGAGCAGAGCGAAUGGAUGCACAGGGAUGGGUCACGGAAUCGACGGACUGCGGCUCGAACUCGCCAGAUGGGCGGCAACAUGUUGAGAAUAAUUUUGAGAUGAUGACGAAAUGCGUUGAGGAUAAUGUUGAGAAUAGUGGUGAGGAGGAGAUGUUGACUGCAACUACUUUAGUGAGUACGAGUCUAGACGAAGUGUCUUCAAGGACUCUAGAAGAAGCAACAAAAACAACAUUGACCCGCCAAACAGUGGACGAAAAAGAGUUAAGGCUACUCCUGCAGAUGCAUCCCCCACACGACAAUUCUUGUCCCCUUUUUCAAGCAGGAAAAGAGGUCAUCAUCAAGGAUGUCGUUGUAACUAGAGAUGCUAGAGCUAGGGUAGCUCUAAACCAGGUUGAGGAGAUCGAGCCGCGUCCGUUGACGUGGGCGCAAAAGCUGGGUGGUUUGCGGAAAAGCGUGACUCCGACAGCAGCGAAGCGCGAACAACCUGUUGUGAGCGUACUGCCAUCACCGACUAGACGGCGGCGCAAUGCCACGAGACCGACUGCGUCCACCCGCCCGCUGGGAGGAGGAAGGAAGUGAGAAGGGAUGGAAUAAUUCUGGUAUUGCUUAAUUAUCAUUGGACCAACCGGUCGUUAGCUUUCCCUCAUAGCCUGGGUUUGUCCCAACAGGCAAAAUCAUUGCGUAUUCUCUCUCAGUACUAAAUAACAACUACAAUUACUAACGUCAGCACGUUCCUCCUUAAUUGGCAGGUGUUACAGUAGUACCUUCAGAACUUGUCUCUACAGGUGUUAGGAAUAGCAUCAUCUUCAGAGAUACACGCAUGACCUGCAUUACUGAAAUAUGGAAUCUAGAUUCAUACUCUCUGUGUGUCAUUGCAUGAAAUUCUAUCACACCACAUCCACAACUCAUUGAGUCCUAUAAUUUCUCCUUUCAGACUGGUACUGCGUGGUCAAUCUUCAGCAUUCUAAAUCUAAAUUUCUUCUAGUCCGUGGUCAACUAUUCUAUUGUGUCAUAUUUUUGGUUGUAAGUCAGCCGAACUUUUCGUGUACCAUAAGGAGUCCAGCCUCGCUGUGGGGUAAAGUGGUUGUGACAGCCUUGUGGGUUUUAUCAUAGUUCUCAGAGAAGUAUUCAUGAAAUGAACUUUUUUUUUCUGUUAGUAAGUAAGUUUUGCUUGCAGCUAGUGCUAGAUAGUUGUAGUCGAAGUCUGAAUUGCUUUGAAAAUCUAGAUAGAUUUACAUCAUGAGAGGUCAAAAAUACACGCAUUAUUAUCAUGGUCAACACUGUUGAAUGCCAAUUAUAGUUCUAGGGUCAAUAUAAGUUUAUCGUUACAUUAUGCUUAGUCUAGUCCGAUCGAUUUUCAAAAAACUAUUAACAUCUGGUCAGAAGACUUAUCUCACGCUUACCACGCAAUUAACAUCUAGUCAGAAGACUCAGAAGUUAGUAGGCUUGGUGGAAGUAGUUCUCUUCGAGUUUGCUCGCGUACUCGACGUUAGAGCUGCCCUGGGAAGGCGUCAAGAUGUAUGAACUUCUUGAACUUAUUUUUCACAAAGAAAUGUACGAAAGGAGGAUAGAUCUAAGAGAUCAAAGAUGUAAAAAGUGAUACUCAACAUACUAUAUUGGGGAUUUUUAUAGUACUAAGACAGUAAAACUAGCAGUACCACGAAGAAGAUAUGAUAGGUAGUUAUGAAAAUAUUUAUGGAUGUCAUAGUGAACUAGCUUUUUUUUUGAAUUAUCUUGCAUUGUUCUUGAUGCAUGUUCGUUGCACAGACUUUGUACAGCUCUUCAAUUCAUCAUCAUUCAAUUACUUUCUCGAACUAGAUAUCAAUCACAUGAAGCUGUAGCAGUUUCCUAGAUACAUCCACAAUGAGGAAUCCGAGGGAGAGGGGAGAAAAGUUAGAUUUUUGGAUGCAAAAUAGAAUGUGAACAGCCAAUGAACUACCUAGAACUACUUGUACUUCUUCUAGGACGACGGAAUGGUGUAAUGUCUAAUAGACUAAAGAAUGGACACUUUUCCGAGAUGUACUAGUCCAUAAAUCUUCUCUUGAUGAACUUUCUUUUGACUCUUUUGAAAAUCUUGCAAGUCAGACCAGUAGACAUGUCAUUCUUGACUUUGAAAUUUUUGUUGAAAAAGUUCGUUUUUCUUCAUCUGCUUGGAUUUAGAAAUCUGGAAUAUAGAAACCAUCACUACUUGUUGUCGAGAGCAUGAGCAUGACUUGACU